GUCUAGCGCGAAUGAAGCGAAUAUUCGCUUCGCUUUUGGUGUGAACACGGCAUUGGUGUUGCCAUACCCUCUGACGUCAGUUUAGUGCGACAAGUAACAAUGGGUCAAAGCCAGAGUGGAGGCCACGGUCCGGGAGGAGGCAAGAAGGAUGACAAGGAUAAGAAGAAAAAGUACGAGCCUCCAAUUCCAACCAGAGUUGGCAAAAGAAAGAAGAAGACAAAGGGACCAGAUGCUGCCAGUAAACUACCAUUAGUCACCCCUCACACUCAAUGCCGUCUGAAGCUGCUGAAGCAGGAGCGGAUCAAAGACUACCUAUUGAUGGAGGAGGAGUUCAUCAGAAACCAGGAGCAGAUGAAGCCUCUGGAAGAGAAACAGGAGGAGGAGAGGUCAAAGGUGGACGACCUGCGCGGGACCCCCAUGUCUGUCGGCACUCUGGAGGAAAUCAUCGAUGACAACCACGCAAUUGUUUCCACUUCAGUGGGAUCAGAGCACUACGUCAGCAUCCUGUCCUUUGUGGAUAAGGAUCUGCUGGAGCCUGGCUGCUCUGUCCUGCUCAACCACAAGGUUCAUGCUGUGAUUGGUGUGUUGAUGGAUGACACUGAUCCCUUGGUGACGGUGAUGAAGGUGGAGAAGGCCCCACAAGAAACCUACGCUGACAUCGGCGGACUGGACAAUCAGAUCCAGGAGAUCAAGGAGUCAGUGGAGCUGCCUCUCACACAUCCAGAGUAUUAUGAGGAGAUGGGCAUAAAGCCUCCCAAAGGAGUCAUCCUAUAUGGACCUCCAGGCACAGGUAAGACACUGCUGGCCAAGGCCGUAGCCAAUCAGACAUCAGCCACCUUCCUGCGCGUCGUGGGCUCGGAGCUGAUCCAGAAGUACUUGGGAGACGGGCCCAAGCUGGUCCGAGAGCUCUUCAGGGUGGCAGAGGAGCACGCGCCCUCCAUUGUCUUCAUCGACGAGAUCGAUGCCAUCGGCACUAAGAGGUAUGACUCCAACUCUGGUGGUGAGAGGGAGAUCCAGAGGACCAUGCUGGAGCUGCUCAAUCAGUUGGAUGGGUUUGACUCCCGGGGAGACGUGAAAGUUAUCAUGGCCACCAAUCGGAUAGAAACCCUGGAUCCAGCCCUCAUCAGACCUGGGAGAAUCGACCGUAAGAUCGAGUUUCCUCUGCCGGAUGAGAAGACCAAGAGGAGGAUCUUUCAGAUCCAUACAAGCCGCAUGACAGUAGCAGAUGAUGUCACCCUUGAUGACCUCAUCCUGGCUAAGGAUGACCUGUCAGGAGCAGACAUUAAGGCCAUCUGCACAGAAGCCGGCCUCAUGGCAUUGCGUGAGCGCCGUAUGAAAGUCACCAACGAAGACUUCAAGAAGUCCAAGGAAAACGUGCUGUACAAGAAGCAGGAGGGCACGCCGGAGGGGCUUUACCUCUAACCUUCAACCUUUGAUGUUUCUCUCACCCCUUCUCUAUAUAUCGCUGUGUGAAAGCCCGGAGGCAGAGUUGUCUGUCUCCCCAGAGAGAGUUUUGAUAUAUUUUGUGCAUGUCAUGUCUGGCUUCUCCCAACCCCCUAUUACCGUUAACGUGAAUAAAAGAACAA